AUGGAGAGGAGAAUCAAGAGUUUUGGUUAUAAGAUACCUACGGGACAUCCAAAGGGAGAUGAUCAUGAGGUUAUUGGGAAAAAAACAAAAGCCAAGGCACCACUUCCUCCAGCUGAGACCAAAAACUUUGAUGCCUCUUCAGUUGAUGAUUCUGUAGAACCCUCCACUUUCAUCAUGGCACAGAAGGAGAACAUGACAGACAAGGACAUUGAACUCUCAGUGGUUCUCCCUGGGGAUAUUAUCAAAUCUACAACUGUUCAUGGCAGUAAACCUAUGAUGGACUUGUUGAUAUUCCUCUGUGCCCAGUAUCACUUGAACCCAUCAAGUUACACAAUUGACCUGUUGUCAGCUGAAAAGAACCCCAUUAAAUUUAAGCCAAACACACCAAUAGGAAUGUUGGAGGUGGAGAAAGUAAUUUUAAAGCCAAAAAUUUUGGAUAAGAAAAAACCUACACCUGUAAUACCAGAGAAAACUGUGAGAGUAGUGAUCAAUUUUAAGAAAACGCAGAAGACAAUAGUGAGAGUUAGUCCACAUGCAUCACUUCAAGACCUUGCCCCCAUUAUAUGCAGCAAAUGUGAGUUUGAUCCAUUACAUACACUGUUGUUGAAGGAUUAUCAGUCUCAGGAGCCCCUCGACUUGACAAAAUCUCUCAAUGACCUGGGACUAAGAGAAUUAUAUGCCAUGGAUGUCAGCAGAGCCACUUCUGUUACUGCCUUCAAUAAGCCAUCUUUACAAGAAUCCUGCCAAAUAGCACAAAACUUAGACAUUAUGAAGGAGAAAGAAAAUAAAAAGUUUUUCAGCUUUUUUCAGCGCAGUAAGAAAAGGCGGGAUCAAACUGCAAGUGCCCCAGCAACCCCUCUAGUGAGUAAUAAUCGUCCAACUUUUACAAGGUCCAAUACCAUUUCCAAAACAUACACUUCAAACACCCUGCCGUCGGACGCACCCAAGAAGAGGCGGGCUCCCUUGCCUCCAAUGCCAGCAUCUCAGAGCAUCCCCCAGAACCUUGCUCACGUCCAUGAGAGGCCAGCUUCUUGUAUGAUGAAAUCCAUGAGCGUGGAUGAAACAGAUAAGAGUUCCUGUGGCGUGGACGUAACGAGGACAGGCUCUCUGAAGCUCAGUAGCACAUCCACUGGGAAUUCGUCUUUGAAAAGGACAAAGCGAAAGGCACCUUCUCCACCCUCCAAAAUGCCACUGCAUCAAAGUGAUGAGAGUAGCCAUGUGACUGCCCUGCAGUCGGUACACGCAGUUCCCACAGACAGUGUUUCAGAAGCCAGCUCUCCUGAGGGGCUGCCCAGCCCAGAAGCCUCACUUGGCCCCGGGCUCCCCAGUCCCGAGCAGUGCGCUGUGUCCAAACUGGCAGACGAAGUCUGUCUGUCCGAGUGCCCUGGAACUCCCGACGCAGCCGUGGCAUCCCUGACAUCUGGAAUAAGCUCUGAUUAUAGUCUUGAAGAGAUAGAUGAAAAGGAAGAACUGAGUGAGGUGCCUAAAGAAGAGGCUGGAAAUAUUUCUGGGAAGUCACAAGAUAUUGCGGUCAGAUCCACUGAUAUAAUAAAUACACUGAAAAAUGAUCCUGAGUCAGCCCUUGGCAAUGAUCCUGGAGAGUCCUCACAAAACUCCAAAGAAAAACAAGAAACUAGAAACACAGAUGCACAGGGAUCACACUUGAUGGUAUGUAAUGCAAGCAAUGAAGAGAGGAUAGUCGGCAAUAUAAGAAACUUGAAGUCAUUGGGCCCAAACCAAGAGAAUGAUCAAAAUGAAAUAAUUGUCAUUUCAAGGAAAACGGAAGAUAAUAUGAAAAAUGGAGUGGGGAGAACAGAAAUCAAUGUAGGAGGUGUUGCCAAAAAUAAUGCGGACGUGGAAGUUGACAGACUUCAGGCACAUAAAACUGAAACUGCUGGAAGUGACAAGGAAAAUCAUCUAGCUGCUUUACCAGUGCCAGGCCAAAAACCGAAUCAAGCCAUUGCAGAAAAGACAAAAAUGCAAGAUGCGGCAAUUCAGACAACUGCUUCCUGUGAUCGUUUUGAUGGGGAUCACCGACGUCAUUUGUCUGACUCCAAAGUUGAUGAAUGUGUGCAAACUGCAAGUAACAACAUAUUGACUCAACAUUCAUCUUUAAGUCCACAAAAUUCCAUAGAUACCUCCAGAGAAUUCCAGGGCCCCCUAACUGCACAUUCAGAAGGUCAGCUCACCAUAAAAGAUCCAAUUUAUACACAUGGUAAUGAUGCUCUUUUGCCUCCUGUAGAUGGGAUUAGUAAAAAUUCAACUGCUUCUUAUAUGAAGAAUUAUCCACUUUACAGACAAGACUACAAUCCCAAGCCCAAACCUUCAAAUGAAAUUACAAGAGAAUAUAUACCCAAAAUUGGGAUGACUACUUAUAAAAUAGUGCCUCCCAAAUCCCUGGAACUUUUAAAAGAUUGGGAAUCAGAAACCUUAGGGUAUGAAGAUGAUCAGGAUAUACAUACUUUAGGGAAAAAGCACAUUCAUGAGAAUGUGAAAGAGACGGCAAUCCAAACAGAAGAUUUUGUUAUUUCUGAAAGUCAGAAGGAGCCCCAGAUAAAUCUUAAACCCAAGCCUACCCUGACACCGGAGCAUCGGGCACCCCGUGUGGAGAGUGCGCCCCACGGCACCACGGCAGAUCCUCUGAAACCCACCCCCAGAGUGAUGAGGGACACUGGCACAGCUCCUUUUGUGCCAAAUUUGGAAGAUAUAAACAAUAUUUUGGAGUCAAAACUUAAAUCUCGAGUUUCAAAUUCCCAGACCAAACCAAGUUCUUUUUUCUUGCAAAUGCAAAAAAGAGUUUCAGGUCACUAUGUGACGUCCGCAGCCGCCAAGAGUGUCCACACUACCCCUAAUGCCACUCCGAAGGAGCUGGUCAAGAAAGAGGUGGAAAGGGACGUGAUACCUCCUCCAGAGCAAGCACUUCCUCCCCCAAGUGAAACGACUCCCUCUCCAGCGCAGCCCCAAGUUAAAGACAGGGAGGAUGUCCGCAGUCCGAGGCCUCCGGAAACCUCUCCGCCUCCCGUAGCUCCGAAACCUGUUUCUCUUCCCACCAGUCGGUCAGCAGCACUCAACCUGAGGACUCUGAAAACCUUUGGUGCCCCACGACCCUACUCGAGCUCCGCGCCUUCGCCCUUUGCCCUGGCUGUAGUGAAGCGGUCCCAGUCGUUCAGCAAAGUGCGCACCGAGUCGUGCCCUGAGGGUGCAUCUCCGCGAUCUCCGGGUGGCACAGAGGAAGGGAGGGCUCCUUCUGCAAAUAAACUUGAGGGCAACCCACACCUAGGGGAAAAUAACUCUGCACAUAAUGAGCAGAAUUCCCAAAUACCAUCUCCAACCGAAUGCCCAGCAUUCUCCCUAAAGAGGCAAAGUUCUUUAACAUUCCAAAGCUCUGACCCAGAAGAGAUCCGGCAGAGUUUACUGACUGCAAUUCGUUCCGGAGAGGCUGCUGCCAAAUUGAAAAGGGUUACUGUUCCAUCAAAUACAAUAUCUAUGAAUGGAAAGUCACGACUUCGUCAUUCUGUGUCCCUUGAUGCCCAGGACGGCCAUUGAAUGUUGCCCUGACAUACAGCGCCUCACCUCCUCCACUUCCCAGAACAACUUCACGCUAGUGGAGAAUGUUGGCAAAUGUAUAUUCAGAUGUACACUAAUAUAUUAUCUAUUAAAGUGUAAGACUUUGUGCUGUGGCUUUUCAUGCCAAAAGAGAAU